AUGAUGUUCAACCUGCUUCUCCCUCAUCGCCUGGGUGUCAGGGGGAGAACAUACAUGUUGAUAAGGGCAAGUUUUAUUCUGCACAGGCCAAGGAGGCUCAAGAUCCAAGUUGCCAACGUGGAGCACGGCUAUGGCACCCAGGUCGUUGGCGUGGAGCACGGCUAUGGCGUCCAGGUCGCAAGCGUGGAGCACGACAAUGGCGCCCAGGUCGCCAGCGUGGAGCACGGCUAUGGCGCCCAGGUCGUCAGCGUGGAGCACGACUAUGGCGCCCAGGUAAGUACCGCUGAUGCAGGUAUGGCCUCCGCCCCUGUUGUUGUUGUUGUUGUUGUUGUGCAGGUCGCCAGCGUGGAGCACGACUAUGGCGCCCAGGUCACCAACGUGGGUAGGGCUAUGGCACCCAGGCAAGUACUGCUGACGCAGGUCGCCAGCGUGGAGCACGGCUAGAGCGCCCAGGUCACCAGCGUGGAGCACGACUAUGGCGCCCAG